CAAACAUGGCGGAAACAACACUGGAGGCUCCGUUUGCCGAAGAAUAUUUUCCCAAGGAAAGAAAAACGUUCACCCCCGAGGAAGAAUCCAGGCUAGAAAAACAACAUUUUUGGAGGAUAAUUGACUCUUUUAGAUUUUACAGGUCCCAUGUACAGGAGCAAGUAAAUCGAGCCGAACGUCAGUUUCUUAGGCUACCUCAACGCCACCAAGACUUACUGCCAUCUGUACUACCCAACCUGACUUGCAUUCGCCAGUGUGCAGACCACAACCAUGAGGUCCUGCAAGCUAUAGUCCAGCACAGCAUCCAUAUGUUUGAGAACAUUGAGUAUGGCGAGAGGGUGCCAGAUGUAGGAAUGUGUCCAGAAAUGGUACUGCAAUCACGGUCAAAUUUCUGUAGUCCCCUCCCACUCUCCAUGACUGAGGUUGCCAGAUACGCAGCCGAAUCCGAAUCCUACUCCAAGGAACUUCAAAUGGAGGAUCCGAGGAAGGUGCAGCCCUCCUCAACAUUUGACAUGGACAAACUAAAGUCCACCAUAAAGCAGUUUGUCAGAGACUGGAGUGAGUCGGGUCAAGCUGAGCGGGACACAUGUUAUCAGCCCAUCAUCCGGGAGAUCCAAAGACUAUUCCCAAGUGACAAAUAUGAUAUGUCCAAGGUUAGUGUGUUGGUCCCGGGGGCUGGUCUUGGUCGGCUAGCCUGGGAAAUUGCUCGUCUGGGUUAUGUAUGCCAGGGCAACGAAUGGAGCUUCUUCAUGCUUUUCUCUUCCAACUUUGUUCUCAACAGGUGUGAACAGCUGAAUUGUCUGACACUGUACCCCUGGAUUCACCAGCUUAGCAACAAUAAGAAGUCGUCAGAUCAGACACGGCCAAUCAGAUUUCCCGAUGUGAACCCUCAGAGCCUACCGCUGAAUUCAGACUUCUCCAUGGUGGCAGGGGAUUUUCUGGAGGUCUACACUGAUGCAGAUUCUUGGGACUGUGUGGCUACCUGCUUCUUCAUCGACACAGCUCAUAACGUCAUACAGUAUGUGGAGACCAUCUGGAAGAUUCUUAAGCCUGGAGGAGUAUGGAUCAAUCUAGGUCCAUUGUUGUACCAUUUUGAGAACAUGGCCAAUGAGUUCUCUGUUGAACUCAGCUACGAAGACAUCAGAGCAGCAAUGGUGCAAUUUGGCUUCCAUAUAGAGGUGGAGAACGAGUCGGUGCAUACCACCUACACAGAGAACGAGCGCUCCAUGCUGAGAUAUGUAUAUGACUGUGUAUUUUUUGUGGCGCGGAAACCUGGAGGUCUGUUUUCUAACUGUCAAGGGGAUGACCAGCAAAACAGUUCACCACCGGCUGCCAAAUCACCACGACAAAACAGUUUGGAAUGUCAUACGUGAGUGGAAUUUAUUUAGGGACUGUAAACUUGAAUAACAAUGACAAAAGGUAAUAUGAUACUGAAGGAAGGAAAAAAAUACAGGAAACUUUUUGUUAUAUUCUUUUUAAUAAAAGGUCACCAAAAAUGUAAUCACCUCAGGAGGGAGACACACAAAGUAAGGAAUGUGAUUGUAAGAGUUAAUCGAUAAUUGUAUGGCUUUUACAACAGGAGUGUGGUUAAAAAAAUUAAGAGAUUUAAGCACUUACACAUCUGCUUAAGUAGAGCUCAAUUUUCCAGUUAAACAAUUGUGUGUAUUUGUGUCCUCAAAAUGAUCAGUCAACUAGAAGUAGAGCUGUUAUAAUAUGCUAACCAUCAUGAUCAUGAUAAUGAAGGGGUUUGCCAUGUAUGGGUAAACUAUGCAAAAGCAUUUAUAAACUUUGAGAAACCUCCCUCUAUAAUGCCAUCGCUACUGAGGAAUGAUUGCUUGCUACAUUAAGGAUGUCUGUGUGUGACUGAAAAACAGAAAGCUAAUAUUUGCUAUUUUCAGCUGCAGUGUAACGACAGUGUCCUUUUUUGCAUGGAUCAUCAAUGACAUGUAUUCAAAGAUUGUUGUAGCUUUUCAGGAUUCAACUGUUUUAAUUUGGAUUUUUUUUAUACUUGAAUAAAAUAAGAAAUGUUUUAAUAUGAUCAUC